UUAUAAGAACCUGUUUUCUGGAAUUGCGCAUUGGCAAGGAUAUCAAGAUUCGUUAGUUUUACUAAGAUAUCUGUAUUCGUUAAGAUAUGAGGUUCAGGUUAAAGUGAUUAAGGCCAUGGCAUGCAAGUUACCAGAAGUUAUUGAAAAUACUGCUCGAUGCAGACAGGUUGUGGGAAUCCUGGAAGGUGAGCAGGUUUUGGCCGUAGACUGUGAGGGGGUCUCACUUGGAGUAGAUGGCCCCUUGACUUUGGUACAGGUCGGCAAUUAUUCAGGAGAGGUUUAUUUGUUCGACAUACUUAAAAACAAAGACCUGCUAGGCCGGGGGAGACUUGGAACUCUUUUAGAGUCAGGCAAUAUCGUCAAAGUAAUGCAGUCUUGCUCCAACGACAGUGCUGCAUUUUAUCAUCAAUUUAAUUUGACUCUCAAGAAUGUUUUUGAUACACAGUGUGCAAAUCUUCUGAUUCAAGAGCACAAAGGACGUAGAUUAGCACCCCCUCUCAAACUUGCUGUCAUUUGUGAAGAAUACGGAGGAAAGAGGUUUUCAACUGAACUCAAGGAUGGCAUAAAGACCGAAUGGAUGAAAGUGACUGGCGAUAUUUGGGCCAAACGGCCAAUGACGGAAGAAAUGAUAUCAUAUGCGGCGGGUGACGUCACAGCCAUUGUACCGGAAGUUUAUGAAAACCAGAAAAGGUAUCUCGAGGAUAACAAUUUAUUGGCAAAGUUUGAAGAGAGAGUUGAAGAAGAAAUCUUUUACUAUAUUGACCAUAGCUUCAAACAAAAAAGGAGAGACAGAGUCGAUGCCAAUGUUAAAGAUAGUAUAAGAAAUAUAGAUGCUACGUACUCAAGCAACGCCAGCAUAAUUGAUUUCAAUGAAGAUGGCGACGAAUACCGCGCUCUGAAGCGAAUACACUUCAGGGAAGCCGCUGAUGUGUCAGUUCUUAUUGAUCGUUUGAAAACCGAGCUUGUCAAGAAAGACUUAACUGAUCUUUUGGAAAAGCUUGAACAAGAGGGUGAAGACUUCGUUCUAAUGAGAUCAAAAGUCCAUCUCUUCGACUACGAAAAGCAUCCAGAUAAGCUUAUUGCAGACACCGCAAAGAUUGUCAAUAGAAAAUUAAAUGACAUCGCCUUAAAGGAUGUGCGUACCAAGUAUGAUAUGCAAUCCAAGCUUGUUAUCUUGAGUCAAAUUGAGAAGGAAGCCCUUCGCUCGAUGAGACCAAGUGGAUUCGAUGAUCCAGAUUUUCCACAGGUUACUCUUCGUCUUUACUGGUUGCUAAUGGAGGAAGAUUUGCAAAAGAAAUUUGACGAAUUUAAAGAAACUCAAAGAAGUUUUAAGAUGGGAGAAGGUUACUACAAGAAAAUGAAGUUUUAUAUUGCAAGAAGAACAAGAGUACCCGAAAGCCUAAAACGAAAGGCACGGAUGUUCAAAAAUGAAUUAGAUCGGACAUUUGGACGUGAUGUUGUUCCGUCUGGAAAUGCUGGUGUCUAAACAAAUGCAUGUCUUUUCUUUAAUGAUGGAUCACAUUUAAUAUUUUCUUUUUUGGUUUAUUUAACAAUUCUUUACACCUUUCCCCCUUUUAAAACUGUUAUAUUUUAUAUGCUUUGGAUUGUAAAUACUAGACUUAGUAUACCCCUAGAGCGUUUCUCAUCGCGUUUUUUUUAUUUGUGAAACUCAAAAUUUACUAAUUUUUAUUUGUGGUGGAUCUGAUAGUUGUAAUUUCAUUACAAUUAAUUAAAGCUAUCAAUC